AGCGCCGUGCCGGAGGCUCCAGUCCGAUCGCAGCAUCACUUGCGGUGCUUUCGCGCGCGCUUCUCUCUCUCUCUUUUCCGUCAGCCAACGAACGGAAGCGAUUAUUUUUUUUUCUUUUUCUUUCGUUAUAUCUACACGAGAGAGAAACGCUUUCGUCUGAAUCUUCUCUCGUUCUUUUUUUUCCUCCCUCUCUUACUCGCGCCAUUUUCAUCUCUCUUUCUCUCUUUUCUCUUCUUCUGCUUUGCGCGAAGACGAAGAGAGAGAGAGAGGAACAAAGAUAAAAGGAUAAACCGCGUGUGUUAUGAAAAGGGAGAAGGACGGAGAGAGAAUGAGAGAGAAAAAGAGUGACGACCGACAUUGAUAGGCAUACGUGAAGAAAAAGCGAAGAAAGUGUAAGAAGAAAGAAAAGAAAAGAGAGACAUACCCUUCAACACUUUCUCACUCUCAUUUUUUUUUCUCUUUCGGUAACGACAUGUAACCCGAAAACAAUGGGAAGAAAAGUGUCGGAGUAUAAAUUUCGACGUGGACGCGGGAUCGAAAAGCUAAAUGUUUCUUCGCGCCGAAACUCGCGGGGAAUAACGAGAACGCGGUAUUAACCGAUGAAUCUUAUUUUCUUCCUGCGUUUUCUCAGUCUCCUCUUCGUCUAUCUGAUCCUUGCCGUAUUGUUUUUCGAUUGAAUUCUCGCGCCUUGCUCUCAUCUUAAUCCUCCGUCGGGUUACGUCAAUGAAGAGAAGAGAUUGAAAACUCGUUCACUUUACUUCCACCGUCAAAGAAGUUUCGCUGUUUGGUGCUACGUGUGCGUCGCGACUUGAAAUCAACGAGAUUUCAUUUUCACCUUUUUCUCGAGAGCAAGUGGACUAUGUGCAUUUCGGUAUAUACGCUUCCCUUCUUUUCUUCAACUUGAAAAGAUUCGAAGUAAUCAUUUAAGCAUUUAUGAAAAUUCUUUGUGUUACGACUGUGUCGGACUAAUAUCAAAUUCAUCUAAUCUUCAAGGAAGAAAAACAGUGUCAUCGAUUGAUAACGAUCGUUAAACAGUCGCGUGAAGAGUGUAUUGCGAUAAAUAAAAAGAGAAAUCUAAACUCGUUAUCUGUCGACAUUAAUCUCGCGCAGCGAGAAAAUUACGAGGGUGGAACAUAACAAGGAUCACUAACACGGUGUGCUUGUCGCAAGAAACGACUUCGAAGAGGAUUCAUCGGAAGCUCUGCUCGUGUUCUUGCAAGCUCGCCGAGUUGGUGAAUUAAAGGGCAGUGCUCUGAUAAAAGUGAAUGGAUCUUUCUUGUAUAUCAAGUGCCACGCGUCGAGUUUUUUACAUCAUCGUUACGUUCCACCGGUCUCGCGCCAUUUUCAUCAUCCCCGUUCCUCUUUCGUGUUUCCUGUUGAGAUCGAAGAAUUUGAAGAAAACGAAGAAGGAACAACGACCAGCUCUCUAUCGAGAUUUCCAUGGAGUAGAUCCACAGGAUGACGAUCACUAUGAAGUAUUUUCACAUUGUUCUAAUACUUCUCGGAGGUACUCAUCUCCUACGAGCUCAACCGUCGGCCUCUCCGCUUAUCAAAAGCAUUGGUGAGUCCGGCAGCGUGAGCAGUGUAAACGUUGAUCUCGGUAAGCCGACGAAUCCAUGGGCCAGACCUCAAUUCGACGACAUCGCACCAAAAAAUAUCACUGCCAUAGUUGGUCAAACGGCCGAGCUUAAUUGUUACGUUAAACGUCCAGGUGAUCGUGUGGUCUCUUGGAUACGGAAAAAGGAUUUGCAUAUCUUGACAUCGUCGAUUCACACGUACACAGGAGAUGGGAGAUUUUCCGCCAAACAUCCUGAAUCUUCGGACGAGUGGACGUUGAAGAUUGAAUACGUGCAGCCUCGCGAUGCCGGAAUUUAUGAGUGCCAAGUCAACACCGAGCCUAAAAUGAACUUAGCCUUCACGUUGAGAGUCGAAGAAAGUGCCCCUGUCCCUGCCACCACCGCACCGAACUCCAUCCGACGGACAUUCAACUCAGCUGCUCAAGCAAAGAUUCAGGGACAGGAGGAUGUCUACGUGAAGAAGGGUAGCACGAUAAGCCUCAUGUGCACUGUUAAUGUGCAAAGUACACCUCCGAGCAGCGUUUCGUGGCAUCACGGUGGAGCUGUAGUGGAUUUCGACAGCCCCAGCGUUCACCACAGGGGCGGGGUAUCCUUGGAGACCGAGAAAACUGAAAGCGGCACAACGAGCAGACUUCUCGUAACACAGGCCAGAUUGAGCGACAGUGGAAAUUACACGUGCAUUCCUAGCAAUGCAAAUCCGGCAAGCGUGAUGGUACAUGUCCUCAACGGCGAACAUCCAGCAGCUAUGCAACACGGUGGCAGUUGCGGCAUCUUCUGUACCGUACCGAUCAUCCUUCUCACUGGUACUACUGUUCUGAUCUCGAAUCUGUUAAGGUGAGCGGUCCUUGUUGUGUGAAACGUCGAGGCUAAACGAAAGAUUUAGAAUUAUUAAUUAAUAAUCGUCCUAAAAGGGAAAAGUAUGAGAAAAUAUGAGUUAAAUCAAUAUCGAUUAAAAAAUCAAACGAAUAAAUCGCGUUGAAACUUUGAAAGACGAUUUCAAUGUGCACGAUAAGGAAAAGAGACACAGAGUGAUGUGCGGACACGCAAAGAUUCAUGCUUUACAAUCAAAAGUUACAAACCGGUGUUAGACUAGGACGAAGCUAAUAAACGAAUAUCGAAGCUCGCGACCUAAUUCUCAAAACGAGAUCGUAUCUAUCGGUAUGUGUACUGUAACCGGAAUACAUCGACGAUUCCCUACUCUUCCUCUACUAGCCCUUAUCAUCGAAUCAAUCCCAAAAUUCGAAAGGAAACUCCCGAGGAAAGAUUCUUUAGGAAUCAAGCGUUUCUAAGCUAAUCAUCGUCGACGAUCGAUCAUUAUAAUCAAAGUACCUAUUUAAAUAAAAGGAAUAUAGAUAGUGGAAUAAGUUACAAUUGUAUAUAUAAAAGCGGAUGUUUGGAUGUUGUUAUGGUUCGACGUAACCUCGAUGUACAGACUAAGGCGUUUAUAUAUAAAUAUACAUAUUAUAUAUAUAUAUAUAUAUAUAUAUAUAUAUAAAUUAUACAUAAAUUGUCCGCGAAAAGAAGAAGAAUUCGUUCCGUAACGUUAAGUUCGAACUAGCAUUGUAUAUAACUUAUAUAUCGAUCGAUUACAUUAUCGUAACGCGCAUCGCUUUUUGCGAAUCUAGUUAAAAAAAAUAAAAAAAAAAAAAAAAAACCAUGCCCGACGAUUUUCCUUUUUUUUCUUUCUUUCUUUUAUUUUUUCUUUUCUUUCUUUUAUUUUUUUCUUUUCUUCUUCUUCAAUAAAAUAUUUUUAUCAUUUAUGACAUACAACUAUUACCGUUCUGUUCAAUGAUAUCAGUCGAAUUUUAUAAUACUCUUCGGAAUACGAUUCUGUUAAAUCUUUUCCUUUACAAUUCUAAUACGAUACGAUUCCUGUCAUCUCUGAUAUUUUACAUAUCUCUCGUUAAGAAUGGCCUACGAUCGUGAUUUAUCAUAAAGUGAAUAUCGAGUUUAAAUCGUAGAAAUAAAAUCGUACGAGGCAAAAGUAAAAAAGCUUUGAGUUCGUUCUUCGCGAUUCUUUUUCUUUCUUUUCUUUUUUUUUCCUCUUUUUUUUUUCGCGUUCCUAGAUAGCAUACGUCCCCCUCGAGAGUCAAAUUUCCAAAUCGAAUGCGCUCGUUCGAGAGUUAGAUAAUUGAAUACGUAACGUAACGUAAAGAUAGAACGUAAUUAUUUGACUAUAGCAUACUCGUUAGAGACUAACGAUUAAAAUAAAAAAAAAGAAAUAAAAAAAAAAGAAAAAAAAAAAGAAUAUUGUAAGGCC